GCCCUCCGUGGUUGAGGGCUUUGACCAAACGACAGCAAUGUGUCACUCACUAAUAUAUUUCAUGAACCUAAAUGACACCACACUCCUUAUAUGGAACACAACCAUUGAAAAUCUUUAGUUUUAAUGCUAGUGUCAGAGUUCAAACCAUACGGAGUACUCCUCUAGGCCACCCACUCCAUACAAGAGAAGAGAUCGCGAUUACUCCGCGUUCAAGUCACUAAGUGUUUCAAUAUCUGUACACUUUUAGACUCUGAUUAUAUUUACGAUCCGACACAUGCCAAAAGGUUGCUUCCUGGACUAUAGAACAAAUAAUGAUAAUAUUUGGAGUACCAAGGAAAUUCUUUAGAGGAUAACACUACUUUAUAAUAAAGAAGUUGGAAAUGACAUACUCUUAUAAAAGUUAUAGUGUACCAUUAGUAACAUCUUGUGUGACAUAACCUUUGACUUACAUUGCACAUUCUAAUUUUAAACUAUAAAUGCAACGCAGUGUUUAGUAAUGGCGUUGAACGGAACACCUCCACAUGUUGUGACUGCUUGGCCAAGGGAUCCAACUGAAGACAUGGGUCCAACGACUCCAACGGCAGCUCAGACUCCAGUCCAAUCGGUGCCAGCAGUUCCAUCAGCAAUUGUGGAAUCAUCAGCGUCAGUGACCCAGUCUGGACCUCCGGCACCCCAGACGCAACAAACGACCCCGAAUGGUUCUAUGUCGCUCACAAACGGAUCUACAAAUGGUUCAUCAACACCAGAAAAUAAGCAACAGCAAAUAGAAUGUGUUGUUUGUGGUGACAAAAGUUCGGGAAAACAUUAUGGACAAUUUACUUGUGAAGGAUGCAAAAGUUUUUUCAAACGAUCCGUUCGGAGAAAUUUGAACUAUACUUGUAGAGGAAGUCGGAACUGUCCUAUUGACCAACACCAUCGAAACCAGUGUCAGUAUUGUCGUCUGAAAAAAUGUCUGAAGUCCGGAAUGAGGAGGGAAGGUAGGUGCCGUUCGACAUCCGACCCAGUCUACUACUCAGUUAUCCCUUACAACAACCAGCCUGGCGCAAUUUAUUCAAAAGCUGUCCAAAGAGGACGAAUACCCCCAACCCAGCAUCCUUUCCCUGGACAAAUGGGAUAUGAGAAUGGCUUUCCAUUAAAUGGACAUACGUACCUUUCAAGCUUUAUUUCUAUGCUAUUGAGAGCAGAACCCUAUCCUACGUCUCGGUAUGGCCAAUGUAUGCAACCCAACAAUAUAAUGGGAAUUGAGAAUAUUUGUGAACUUGCAGCCAGACUGCUUUUCAGUGCAGUAGAGUGGGCUCGCAAUAUUCCAUUUUUUCCCGACUUGCAGAUUACAGAUCAAGUAGCUCUACUCCGUCUAAGUUGGAGCGAACUAUUUGUAUUAAAUGCGGCACAGUGCUCUAUGCCUUUGCACGUGGCACCGUUGUUAGCCGCAGCAGGACUUCAUGCCAGUCCUAUGGCUGCAGAUAGAGUUGUAGCUUUCAUGGACCACAUAAGAAUCUUUCAAGAGCAAGUGGAAAAAUUAAAAGCCCUACACGUUGAUUCAGCCGAGUACAGCUGUUUGAAAGCAAUAGUCCUUUUUAGUUCAGAUCGAAAACCUGAGUCAGUUCCGUCCCAAAGGCACUCUAUGAAUGGUUACAAUACCUGCGGACUAACUGAUAUGAACCACGUUGACAGUAUUCAAGAGAAAUCACAGUGUGCCCUAGAGGAAUAUGUACGGAGUCAGUACCCAAACCAACCAACAAGAUUUGGUAAACUACUCCUCCGACUUCCGUCUCUAAGGACUGUCAGUUCACAAGUAAUUGAGCAGUUAUUUUUUGUUAGAUUAGUUGGGAAGACACCAAUAGAGACAUUAAUCAGAGACAUGCUUUUAAGUGGAGGCUCAUUCAACUGGCCAUAUAUGCCACUACAAUGACUAUAAAAGAUUGAUAUGUUGUUGAUUGUGAACCAUGGAUGUACGAUUGUCAAGGUUACAUUUUGCCCUCUACAAUUUUAUUUUUACACAUAAUAGAAAGGCUAUAAAUUUUAUCAGAAUUGAACAUCUAUAUAUAUUUUGAAUGUAUAUUCUUGGAGCUAAGGCAAAUGUCCGUAAAUAUUCUCAAGAAGUUAAAUAAAAAAAAACACAUUUAUUCUCAAAAAAUAUUGUAUUUACAUGGUUCAGAAUAGCAACAAGUAAAAACUCAACCUAGUCUUUCUGUCAAACGAAAUGUUGUUACAAAUUUUGAGUUGUUGAUUAAUAUAAUCUUUUUUUUAAGUUCAACAUACUUUAGAUUAUUGAUGAUUUUUUUUUGGUUUUGUAUAAGAUAAUAUUGUGUUGUUUUACAUUAAUGCAUAAUGAAGAACUUUAUUCCAAAUACGCAUAUAUAAGGCAUAUUGGUUGCUAACGUGGACUUCAAUGAUGGCAACCUAGGAGAAAUGGGCAGCAAACGUGCUUCCUAAUAAUUGCUUUUGUUUACUAGCAGUAUCCAUUUGCAGAAAGAUAAUUUGUUUUGCUAUAUCAUUUAUUUUGUUUGAAUAUCAUUUUAUAUUUACCUUUUAGUGCUAUCAUAAUAACAUUAUUUAACCGAGAACUACACACAAGUUCUAAAAUCUGAGUGUUAACAUUGCAGGGCAGCUUACAAACAAUGUAAACCGUUGCAAAAUGCAUAUUCAUUUUUACAAAGCAUUGUAAUCAUUCAUUUAUACAUUUAGGUUGUAAACCAGAGUCUAAUUGGUUGAAAUGCAGAUUAAAUUUAUCCAUAUCAAAUAUGGUUCCUUAUAGUUAAAGUGUUUUGACACAUUGUUACUAGAAUAGCUACAAAAUUUUAAAUAUAAGGCAAAUGUUUAUAAUUCACAAUAUAAAGUGACUUAUAUAAAUAAGUCCACUAGAAAUUAUUAUUCUUCAACUAACACAGUUCACUCUAUUUAAAAAUCAUGUGAAUCUUUUGUAUAAGUGGAAGUAUUAUGUUUAAAUUUAUCUGCAUUUUAAACAAGCUAGAAUCAAAAGACUGUUUGGAUCGUAGUCAAUUCCAGGUUAGUGUGUUGCGAUGCAGUCACCCCAGUCAUUUAUAGUGUUGUAGAUAUUUUCUUUGCGGCAAAAAUAUGAGACGAGAAAUUAAACAAGCCGUGUUUUGUAUUCAUGUAUGUCUUUGUGUUUUGUUUUGUUAUUUUUGGUUCAAAACCAGUUUUUUAUUUGUACAUUUACUCAGUAAACAGUUUAAGAGGAGUAUGUUAGUGUUUACUUAGUGAACAUAUUGUACACAGUCACUAUAGAGAGGAAUUAAAAGUUGCUCUGACAAGGUAGUUUUAAACAUGCAUUCCAAGAACUUAUAUAUAAAAAGAACAGCUCUAAGCUGUUGAAGUUGUGUUCACCAGAUAAGAUUAAACCAAAGUGGUUAUCUCCCUUGUUUAGGCAAUGACUAUGUUACGUGUUUUGCUAUAUGUGACAUUAUUGUCAAGUGUUGUGUAGGUGUCUCAGACACCACAAUUUAUCCAUUGCUUAAAAUUUAAUUAAAGUGUUGUAAACAUA